UUCAAACCCUUCUCCAGGCUUGCACCAAGUCAAAAAGGGGCUUGUUAGAACAUUUCUUUUGCUAGAUCUAUUGUGCAGAACUCUCUAUUCUGCUGAACUAACUGUAGAAGAGAAACAUGCUUCUGGGCACUACUACACUUCCCACCCUUGUGCGCACUCCUACCUUGAUGAUGCAGCCUUCCCUGGAUAUCAAACCCUUUAUGUCCUUCCCUGUGGACAGCAGCUCUGCUGUUGGAUUCUUCCCAAAUUUUAACACAAUGGAUCCUGUGCAAAAAGCAGUCAUAAACCAUACAUUUGGAGUGUCCAUUCCCCCAAAGAAGAAACAAGUAAUUUCCUGCAAUGUCUGCCAGCUUCGCUUUAACUCUGAUAGCCAGGCUGAGGCCCACUACAAAGGAAGUAAACAUGCCAAGAAGGUCAAAGCACUAGAGGCAACGAAAAACAAACCCAAAGUUGGUUCUUCCAAGGACAGCGCCAAGGUUAACACGGGCUGCUCCACCACGCCAGUCACAGCCAACAGCUCUGACAAAUCAGAAGAUAAAGGGAAAGCAAAACCCAGUAGUGCAAGUCAGCAGUCCAAUACAGAAGUGGAUCCUUUUGCUCCCAAACCUGGAGUAGCAGCAGUGGCACCUGCAGCACCUGCCUCAUCCUCCAAGAGCACGAAUGGAGCUGCUAGCACAGUUACUGAGUCAGAAGAGGAAAAAGCCAAAAAACUMCUUUACUGUUCAUUAUGCAAAGUGGCUGUGAAUUCCCUUUCACAACUAGAAGCCCACAAUACAGGCUCCAAGCACAAGACCAUGGUUGAAGCUCGGAAUGGUGCUGGUCCCAUCAAGUCUUACCCUAGGCCUGGAUCUCGAAUGAAGGUGCAAAAUGGCAAUAAAGGCUCAGGACUGCAGAACAAGACAUUCCAUUGUGAAAUCUGUGAUGUCCAUGUUAAUUCAGAAAUUCAGCUUAAACAGCACAUUUCCAGCCGAAGGCAUAAGGACAGAGUUGCAGGAAAGCCUAUGAAACCUAAAUAUAGUCCUUACAACAAACUGCAGCGCAACCCAAGUAUUUUAGCAGCAAAACUUGCAUUCCAGAAGGACAUGAUWAAGCCGCUGGCACCUGCUUUCCUGUCCUCUCCUCUGGCUGCAGCUGCAGCCGUGUCCUCAGCCCUGUCCCUGCCUCCCCGGCCCUCGGCAUCCCUGUUCCAGGCAGCAGCAAUUCCGCCCGCUCUCCUCAGRCCAGCCCACGGGCCCAUCAGGGCAACGCCUGCCUCCAUCCUCUUUGCACCAUAUUGAUUUAUUGAUGUGAAAGGGAGAUAACCAUGGCCAGUACCAGGGGUAAAGGGAAGCAGRAAAGGGGUUGAGAUUUUUAAAAUGUUUCUCUUUUGCAAUGCCAUCCAGCAUGGCACCUCAUCCAACCACAUCACAAAAUCCAUCGCUGACGGCACUGCAUUUUGGAGUCUAGCCAACUCUCUCUCUCUAUUUUUUUUUAAAUCAAAAUAGUGUAAUUUGCUUAAAAAUUAAAUUGCUCAUAAAAUUUAUACCAUUAACGAUUCAUGCAUCUAUUCAUUCUUUUCUUAUUUUUUCAAUUUGUAUGAUGCACCUUAGAAUCAAGGAACAUAAAAUAUUCUCCUGACAGACUUGAAAACUAGGGUCUUCCUUGCUCACACCUAUGUAAAUACUUCUCUGAAAAGCAAAGGGGUAUAAUCUAAUAUGGAGAACAGGAAAAGGCAGAAGAACCAAAUGCUUGAUUGCAAAUAACAUCUCAAAAAAGAAUUGCGUCCAUUUUCUUUGUGUGCUCUUGUUGACAGGGAUUGUGUGUUGUCCUAGAYCCCAGUACAGGUGUAUCUUGUGUAGUAUUACCGAUGUAUCAUGUCUGAUUUUAAUAUUUUUAGUUUCUGUGCAAAUGUUUGAAAGCAAUGCAACGCUGAAGCUUUUAAUUAUUUCUUUUGUGUCAUACUAUUUAGAGAAGUCAAAAAUAGAAAGCCAUAUAACAUAGAGUUAAGRUUACUGCUUGUUUGUUACUUUCAUUUAACUUAUUUUUGUUGUUCUUCACUGGUGUUGCUAAGCAAUGUUUAAAGAGAAAAAAAAGCUUUUCAAUUGCACAUUGCCACAGCUCGCAUUGUUCAAGAAGACAAUGGAUCCAUGUGUUUGUACGUAAAUAUCCUGUUUUCUUAAUUUCUGACUAGUCUCCUUUGUAAUGAUGCUGCAUAACAUUGUGGCUCCCUAAUGCAAUAAUGUACAGAACAUAAAAUAUUUAUAAAUGACCAUAUUCUCUGUUUACUGACUAUAUUGCGGUAAUGUCCUACUUAUCUUCUUACCUCCCCAGCCCUUUUAUAAAGGUGAAUCAAUAUGCAGUGCUCAGACUGGAGUCAUUAUGUGAUAAUGGGGACUACAGGUGGAAGAAAGGAAAAAAAAGAAAAGAUAAUUAACUUUUAGAGCAUUUUAUCAGAAAUCCAUAAUAGUAAGAUGUCUGUGUAUUUUUUUAAAUGUACCUUUUCAAUAAAAGAAUAAGAAAAUUAUAUAUUUUUAAUGUGUUUUAAUUGGUACAGGGUUAAAAAAACCUGACACAAAGUUAGCUAAAGGAGUCUUCUGGAGUAGAUAAAGCACUGGA